AUGGCUAAUUCUAUGUUUUCAGUAGCAUUCAGAAUCCUGGUGGCACUAGUUGUCAUUGACCACAAUAUUGCUGGUGCAGUUGCUGCAGGAUGGGAUUUUGGACACGCCACAUUUUAUGGUGAUUCCGCAGGCAGAGGAACCGAAGGCGGAGCUUGUGGAUAUGGAGACCCCUUUGUACAAGGUUAUGGGGUUGCGACGGCCGCCCUGAGCACUGCGCUCUACAACAAAGGCCAGACUUGCGGUGCAUGUUUUGAAAUAUACUGCGCGAAUAAUCCACAAUGGUGUCAGCCAGGCACCAUCAAAGUAACUGUAACCAACGAAUGCCCAGGAGGCCCUUGCGCCUCUCCUCAGAAACACUUUGAUUUAACCAUGCCAAUGUUCUUGAAGAUAGCAAAAGCUCCACAAGCUGGGAUAAUUCCGAUAGGGUUUCGAAGGACCUGGUGCACAAAAAGAGGAGGGAUUAGGUUUGCGUUCGAGGGGAACCCUAACUUUCUACUGAUCUUGGUGUCUAAUGUUGGAGGCGCCGGUGAUGUGGUUGAUGUUAAGAUCAAGGGUUCAAGGCAACCGACUUGGUGGACGAUGAAGCGCAACUGGGGACAGAAAUGGGAGACUGAUGGGAACUUGGUUGGGCAAAGCUUGUCGUUCCAAGUGACUACCAGUGAUGGCAAAUCUCUCCAGACCUCUGUUGCUCCUGCCAAUUGGGCAUUUGGGCAAACUUAUGUGGGAACAAACUUUUAA